CUACUCAUAUCUCUAAUCACUGAAACAUUAUACACACAAAAUAAGCAUUAACAAAUGGCAGCUAAUUUAGCCUUAUGUGACAGUGAUGUAGAAGAAGAUUACAUAGACAUGGAAGUAACUUCUUUUACAAGCCUCGUCCACAAAACCCUCAGCAACAACAACAACAACCCUCGAGAGUUCGAGUUCCAAAUGUCUCACCUUGGUCCUCUCCAGAUAGACAAAACCACUUCUCCUGCUGACGAACUCUUCUACAAAGGCAAGCUUCUCCCACUCCACUUACCUCCACGUCUCCAAAUGGUCCAGAAUCUUCUAGAAGAUUACACCUUUGACGACGAUUUCUACAGCACACCUUUAACCACUCCGGUGACAAGCAACACACCGUUUGAGUCUUGCACCGUCUCUCCAGCAGAGUCUUGCCAAGUGAGUAAAGAGCUUAACCCUGAAGAGUACUUCCUCAACUAUUCAGAUUCAUUAGAGGAGAAGAAAUCUUGGGGCAAGAAACUGAAGUUGAUCAAGCAGUUAAGUUUUGGAACGAAGAUUAAAGCUUCGAAAGCUUAUCUAAGAUCCUUCUUUGGGAAAUCAAGUUGUUCUGAUGAGUCAAGAGUUGCUGACGAAGGAUCUGUUUUGAGGUAUUCACGAGUGCAGCCUCCUUUUGGACAAAUCAAAACAGAGAAACCUAAAAAACAGAGUAAUGGUUCUGUUUCUGGGAGCCAUAGGAGUUCUUUUUCGGUUUCUAUGAGGAGACAGCCUGCGAAGAGUUCGAACAACAAAUCAUCUACUAGUUCAGGGUUUCGCCCGUUGCAGUUUCUGAAGAGAAGUACGAGUUCGAGCUCAGAGAUGGAGAAUUCUGUUCAAGGAGCUAUCUUGCAUUGCAAGCAAUCUCAGCAACAGAAGCAGUGUAGUGUUAAUGAGGUUGGAUUCUGUUCGUUGUCAGCUUCAAGAAUCGUAGCGACGGAUGAUCAAGAACGGGUUCAGCUCUUCAGGGGUUAACUAAGGAAUUAAAUUGUACGUCAAGAUGAUGAGACGAUAAUAAGAGUCGAGUGAUAGUGAAAACACUAGAGAUUAGAUUCCUUGUUAUCUUCUGACUUUUUAUCUGAUUUUGCUUCUUUUAUGUUAUUUAAUGAGAUUUCAUAAAUUCAUAUUGCCAUUUUCGUGUCUAAAAAUAGAUAUGAUUAGAAAUCAGAUAUUUAGAUUCAACUCAAAUUACUAGUGUUUGAGGUUUUAGAUUCAAAUUAGAUAUGGUCGGAAUGUAAACUAAUGCAAAUGUCUACUCUAACCGAGAGUUUCUUUUUAUUGAGCUUUUAAACCGAGAGUAUUAUUUAAGACUAUUUUAUAUUUUAAAUGUAACUGUAUAUAUACAUAUACAAAACCUUCAAUUAGUUAAAUCUUUGUUAAACUUAAUUUCUUUCAUAUGGUUUUCCAGAUCAUCAACAAUUUAAUAUACUGACUAAAAUAUCAAUAAAUCAGAAGUUGAUUAAGUUUACACCGCAUGCACACUCACAAAUUAAUAAUUAUUUUUAUUCUUAUAUAAUUUGCAGCUCAAAAUUUUUAAUUUUGUUUAAAAGUUUACCAUACAAAUGAUUUAGUUUUAAGAUUAAUAAAUGCGUCUAGCUUGAAUUUGUUUAGCUAAGUAUUACAGUCACAAUGUUAAAAUCACCAAAGUAGUAAUAUACAUAAGAGAAAAUACAUAAUUUACAAGAGACAAUAGACAAUUUAUCAGAGAUUGAUUGAGAGACUAAAAUGAUGAUUCCAUAAACACGAAUUUUCAGAGUCAAACCGUCGUUAUCACCGUAGAAGGAUUCACUUCUUAAAGUUGAAAAGGAGGAUAUAUCGGAAAACAUGGAUCCAUGCUUUCGGAAAGCUGAUCGCUACUUCGCUCCAUAAUUUGUUUAAAUAAGUAAGUCUCUAGUUUGUGUAAAGAAACCAUUAUGACAAGUAUUAUAUAUGUGUAAAAAACUAAAAAUAUAAAAUCAUCAUUACGAGACAAUGACAACAGCAAUAUAGAGGUUAGGUCGAGUUCCGAAGUCUAGUUAACCCUUUUUUAAACUAUCUAUCAGUGUUAAGUUUCCUUUAUAGGGUCCUCUUAUUACAAGUUCCAUCUUCUACACAUACCCAAUAAUCUGUUUAAGUAAAUCCAUCUUUUAAACUAUCCAUUAAGAGCAUCUCCAAAAAUGAACUCUAUUUUGAAAUUUCUAAAACUCUAUAUUUGAAAUUUAAAGGCUUCUCUAAAACCAAAACUUCAAACUCAACUUCAAAACUAUUUAUAUUUUAUAAUAUGGUCAUUAUAUUUGUCAUAACUAAUUUGAAUUCAUAUUACUUUUAUAAAUAACUAGCACAUAUAUAAACAUAUUACAACAAUAUUAAUUAAUAAAUAUUCUAUUAAAAUAUAAAAAUUAAAUAAAAAUAAUUUAAUUAAUAUUAAACUUCAAACAAAAUACCAUAUUAUUCCACAAAAUGAUUUUCGUAAUGCAUAUAUGAUUUAUUAUUGCAUUUCGAAGUAAAAAUGGGUUUCCUCAUUUUUACUUUGUAGAUUACGAGUUAAAAGGUGUUGAAAUCAAAUGAUAUUGAUACUUGUAAAUACAUUAAAUUAGAACAAGACAGUAAAAAAGAAACAUAAAAUAUUAUUAAAAAACUAAUUUAUUUUCGAUGAUAUUAAUACUCGUGAAUAUAUUCGAUAUGAACAAGAAAGAAUUGUAAGAAAAAGACAUCAAAAACAACAACAACAACCAUCUUCACUCACACAAAACAAUUUGGAUAAUAUUUGAAAAUUUUGAAGUUCCCGGAUCAAACUUGUCUGAUUAUUAGUGUUGUUGUAAUAUUUAAAUUUGUGUAAUUGUUAUGUCUUCAUAUAAUUUUUUAAAAUCUUUUUGUUAAAUUUCUUUUGUGUAUUAUUGUUGUCUAAAUCUAGUUUAAAAUAUUUUAAAUCUUAUUUUAAAAUUUUAUUUAAUUUUAUGUGUAAAAUUUAAAAUCUGCAAACAAAAUUUAAAAUAUUUAUGAGAUAUAAUUUUUUUAAGAAUUAAAAUAACAAACGAGAAAAUAUUUAUGAAUCAUAAAAGUGAUGUGUGAUUGCAUGCAAAUAAAAAUAUGAAACUUCAAACUGAUGUUUUGAGCGGUGAAACUUCAAAUAUAGAAUUAUAAACUUCAAAUAUGAAGUUUUGAAAUUUUUUUUUGGAGGGCAAAAAAUUUCAUAUUUAAAGUUAUAAACAUAUUAUUGAGUAUGCCUCUUACAACAAUUAAGGUAACCUACGGAAACUAUGGUAACAUAAUUAAAGAUUCAAAUCUAAAAGGCAAUUUAGAAAGGGGGACGGGAGGGACAAUAGAACCCAAAGCUGUGGGCUGCUUUAGCUUAUCUUUUGUGUGUUUGAUUAGUGCGUGUGCAUCCGUGUAACUUUCAAAGCCCUUAAAAUAAGAUUAAGUUGUCCAAACCUUUCUUUCUCCAUUUUUAUGUUUUUAUUUUGUUUUGUUUGAUAACGAUGUCAUAAAGAUGUUUUACCUGCUAAAUGAUUAAUUAUAUACUAGGUAAUAACCCGCGCCUUGCGCGGAAUGUGAUUAUUAGUUUUGUUAUUUUUAAUAAAAAAGACAUUAACUCUGUUUAAUCUGAAUAUUAGUUAGGUUUUACGUUUUUUUUUGUUUUUAAUCUUCUAAAAUAUAACUAUUAUUUUAAAUUAAUAUUUAUUUUAGUUUAUUUGGUUAAAAUGUUUGAUUUUUUGGUUUUUUCCGGUAAAACCAAAAAUUAAUAUUAUUUAUUUAUUUUCAAAUUAUGAAUUUUAGAUAUUCGUCAUGUUGAAUCAAUAGUUUCAUAUUAUAGUUUUUAAACAGAUAAUAGUUUAAGAAAAAAAAAGAAAAUUAUUAAGACAAAUCAUUUCACUACAAUUUGGUCGGUAGUGAAAGAAGUAUUAAGAAAAAAUAUUUCAACUUUAAAAAAAAAUUAGAUACUUCAGUUGUGGUGAAUACUUAGUUAUAAGGUGCUCACAUCAAGGUGGACACGUAUGUUUAAUACUUAGUUAGAAGAUGCUCAUAUCAAAGGUGCACAUGUAUGUUUAUGUAAAAAAUAUAUAAAAAUAGUUGAAAAAUAUAUAAAGAUAUUGUUAAUUAAUAUUAAAUGAUAUUUUGGUUCAAAAUAAUACAUGAAAAAUAAAAUUAAAAUUAAUUUAAAAUAAAAAAGACCUUGACAUUAGUCAUUUUUAUCAUAUAAAGAAAA